GGUGCCUCUGGACUGGGCUGACCCCAAUAAGGGUCUCAUUCCAUUGAGCGUGAUUCAGCUCCCCGCAACUCAGCAACCCAGACAAGGGUACAUGUUCUUCAAUCCAGGUGGACCUGGAGGGUCGGGCUUGAUUUUCCUCGCCAACAACGGGAUGCAGCUACAGCAACAGCUAGGCUCUUCCUGGGACGUUCUUAGUUGGGACCCUCGUGGAGUAUAUGAUUCAGGGCCAAACAUUACCUUGUUCUCUACCGACGAAGAACAUGCAAAUUUUUGGAAGCGGACCCAAGGCAAAGAUCGUGUCGAUGCACAUGGCAAUCUUACAACCUCCUCGGACGUGGACUUUUU